GCGGAAGCCCGCGGGAGCGCGCAGGGCCCCGCGGAAAGAUGGCUGCCGCGGCGGGACGAACGGCGCCCGGGAGCGGGCGGUAGAGCCCGCGCCGCCCCGUCCCCGCCGCCCCCUUACCAUGAGGCCGGUGAGUCGACGAACCCUGGACUGGAUUUACUCCUUGUUGCUCCUUGCGAUCGUCUUGCUCUCCUGGGGAUUCGUCAUCUAUGCAUCAACUGUAGCAGCGCGACGACGGCUACACAAGGAGUUUCCAGACAAAUUCUUCGGAAUGAAUGAGCUUUCAUAAUUUUCAGCCAACAGUUCUUUUCCUCAAAUAGUGCACUUAUUUAGACAUUUAAGUAAAAUUCACAAUACAAAACUGCGAAUAGUCUUUUGUGAUAAGCGCUAGCAUGCUAACUUUUAAAUAGGCAAGACAGCCUUUUUUGUAUCAGGUCAUAGUUUUUCAUUCUGGUGCCCCGAACACUUUCAUCUCCUGUUAUAUCAGUAUGUAAAUAAAUCUAUCAUGUGACUAAAUCGUGUUUUGC